AUGCCGCCAGGCGUCUGUCAAUGCCUCUUUGUGGUCUUAUUUGCACUAUCAAUUUUCCCGGCAGCGGACGCAGCAGCGUGGGGGCGAUUGAGCAAUAUCGGCGCUUGGCUAAAGCCGUCUCUGCGACAAGCUCCGGAGCUGCUACAGGGAUAUGUAAAGUACAACGAUAACACUGGAGCCAUGUCAUUUGUGAAGGGACUAGCCAUACCAAGACGAGAUGAAGCUCCGGCUCACGGUUCCUUUUCCGACCCGCUACGCCACAAGAGCAAUUUUGGGCAGCUUCGAAUCACCACCAAUCCAGCUUUUCUAGACGAGAUUCAGAUGCAGGCUGCGGGCUUUCUGGAGGGCUAUCUGACUGCCGAGCGCAUUUUCGACUACGCGUACAACAUGAAGUCCUGGUUGGCCUCUCAAACGAACGACACGUUCAAAGUUGGGGACUGGCUCUUCGAACAAGACCGUUGGGCCCGUCAGCAAGUUAAAGCGUACACGGAAUCCAACAUCGAUUCAAAAAACACUGCAACAGCCAGUGCCGGUACGACAGCGCCGCCGCCGCCGAAUCCCUCGUAUUGGCGUGCUGUGGGUUUGCUGAUUGCUCAGGCUGACGGCUUGUUGGCGGGCUACAGCGCCCGGCUGGCGGAGCUGGGUCCCCAGGCCCCCCUGGAGCGGUUGACCAAAUAUGACUUCCUCAUGUUGAACGCGCUGGGAGACAUGGACGACCUCCUAGAGAUCAUCUUUCCCAGUACGGACGAUGGAUCCGAUACCUCCGACUACGAUGACAACGCCUCAUUAGUCCUCAAGUCGAGGAAUGGCGACAUUCACGGCAUCUCGAACUCGGAACGCGAUGCAUCCUUCCUGUUGUUCUCCAACCUCCUCGCAACCUCCUCCUCCACCUCCGCUGCGGAAGCGGGCGAACUGCAGCAUCGCGAGGGGGUGAAGGAGGUGAAGGAGGAGGAGGAGGGUGGUUUGGCGGUCGCAGCCCCCGGGGGAAGGGGGAACAGUUCCACCUGGCGGGAUUUGACACCGGGCCAGGUCCGAGCACGGAUCGCCAUGCGGGGCCGCUGUACGGCACUCGUCAAGGUGACCCCCGGUUUGGAUGACUUGCUGCUCGGUCACGUUACCUGGUGGAGCUAUCUGUCCAUGCUGCGGAUUUACAAGCAUUACAAUCUGGGCCUUACGCAGCUGAGCGGCCCGAGUGGCGGACCGGUCAAUACCCGCGUGUCAUUCUCCAGUUACCCCGGUCAGAUUAGCUCCGCAGACGACUGGUACAUGCUGGGCAACGGUCUGGUAGUUACCGAGACUUCCCUGGAUACAUAUGACCGUAAUCGGUACAACGCGUCGUACGGCUGUACGACAUCGUCGUUGCUGUCGUGGCAGCGCGUGCUGGCGGCGAAUCUUCUGGCAGUGGACGGACCGUCCUGGGCUGAGCUGGCGGCGUCGUACAACGGAGGCACCUAUAACAACCAAUAUCUGAUUGUCAACCUGAAUCUCUUCACUCCGGGCUCCGAACUGAAGCCCGGUCUUCUGACCAUCUCGGAGAUCAUCCCUGGACUAGUCAUGACCGCCGACGCCACCGACGAUCUGCUGCUCGGCCAUUUUCCGUCGUACAAUGUGCCGUACUUUCGCGAGGUGUACGAGGCCGCGGGGUACCGACGCCACGCAGAGGCCAUGGCGGCGCGCGGUGCGGCGUUUGCCGCGGCGGCGCAGGGGAUCAGUUACCAGCUUGCGCCUCGCGCCAAGAUCUUCCGUCGCGAUGCCGCUGAUGCCGCGGAUCUGGACAGCUUUCGCCACCUGCUUAGAUCCAACGGUUGGAACCGCCGUACAGCAAAUUCGGAUCCGCUGUCCGCGGCCUCGCCCUGGGAUGCGCUGUGCGCCCGAGGGGAUCUGGAUCCGGACUCUCCGGCGUUGUACGGCUGCUACGACGGCAAGGUUACCAAUUACAGGCGCGCUCUGGAGCUCUCCGCAGAUGCCAUCAACGGCCCCACAACCGAAAACGGUCAACUGCCAUUCCGUUGGGACACGCACAGCGGAGGCGCCCGCCGUAUCAAGUACCGCGGCAUGCUCGAUGUGUACGACACGGAGUGGGAGGAGCAACGGCCGUGA